UGGUGGUGGUGACAUAACUGUAUAUGUUUGUCAAAACUCAUCAAACUGUGUACUUAAAACGGGUGAAUUUUAUUGUAUGUAAAUUAUACAAUAAAGUUAAUUUAGAAAAAAGAAACUAUAUUAAGUUUCCUCUGGCUGGCAUAACAAAUUACCACUACGGAUGGCUUAAAAAAACAAAAAUUUAUUCUCUCACAAUUCUGGAGGCUACAAGUUACAUUGUCUCCUGAGGCUCUAGGAGAGAAUCCAUUCUUUGCCUCUUCUAGCCGUGAGUCGGAAUCGACUCAGCAGCUGACAACAACAGCGUGUGGUAGUUGUAGGUGACAUUCGUUGUUUUUUGUGGGUGCAUUUCUCUCUGCUGUGUCUCUGCUACACUAACCAUCUUCUAAAUCCUCUAGGAAAAAUAUGUAGGUAUUCCAUAUUUUGUCAGUAUUUUUAUGAUCUUAUAGAAAAUUCUGACUUAUCUUCCUUUUAUUCUCUGCAGUUGGUCCUGAGAAGAGGGUACCAGCAAUGCCUGGAUCGCCUGUGGAAGUGAAGAUACAGUCAAGAUCCUCACCUCCCACCAUGCCACCCCUCCCACCAAUAAAUCCUGGAGGACCGAGGCCAGUGUCAUUUACUCCAACAGCAUUAAGCAAUGGAAUCAACCAUUCUCCUCCUACCCUGAAUGGUGCCCCAUCACCACCACAAAGGUUCAGCAAUGGUCCUGCCUCUUCCACAUCAUCUGCACUAACAAAUCAACAAUUGCCAGCCACUUGUGGCGCUCGGCAGCUCAGCAAGUUGAAACGCUUUCUCACCACUCUCCAACAGUUUGGCAAUGACAUCUCACCUGAGAUUGGGGAGAAGGUGCGGACUCUUGUUCUAGCGCUGGUGAACUCCACAGUGACAAUCGAGGAAUUCCAUUGUAAGCUCCAAGAGGCCACAAACUUCCCUCUUCGUCCUUUUGUGAUUCCAUUCCUCAAGGCCAACCUGCCCCUGCUGCAGCGAGAACUGCUACACUGCGCUCGGGCCGCCAAGCAAACCCCGUCUCAGUACCUGGCUCAGCACGAACACCUUCUGCUUAACACAAGUAUCGCAUCACCUGCUGACUCUUCCGAGCUGCUCAUGGAGGUGCAUGGAAACGGGAAGAGGCCCACUCCUGAGAGGAGAGAAGAGAAUAGUUUUGAAAGAGAGACAAUUCCUCCUGAGCCUCCUGCCAAGAGGGUGUGUACCAUCAGCCCUGCUCCCCGACACAGUCCUGCCCUCACUGUGCCCCUCAUGAAUCCUGGGGGCCAGUUCCAUCCCACUCCUCCACCUCUUCAGCACUACACCUUAGAAGAUAUUGCAUCUUCACACCUGUAUCAUGAACCCAACAAGAUGCUAGAACAUCGAGAAGUUCGUGACAGACAUCACAAUCUUAGUCUAAAUGGAGGCUAUCAAGAUGAGUUGGUAGAUCACCGUUUGACAGAAAGGGAAUGGGCUGAUGAAUGGAAACAUCUUGAUCAUGCCCUGAAUUGCAUUAUGGAAAUGGUAGAGAAAACAAGGCGUUCCAUGGCAGUUCUGCGGCGCUGUCAGGAAUCUGAUCGUGAAGAACUCAACUACUGGAAAAGGCGAUAUAACGAAAACACAGAGAUGAGGAAAACAGGAAGCGAGUUGGUCUCCAGGCAGCACAGUCCUGGGAGCGCAGAUUCUCUCAGCAAUGAUUCCCAACGGGAAUUCAGCAGUAGACCAGGAACAGGAUAUGUACCUGUGGAGUUUUGGAAAAAAACUGAAGAAGCUGUGAAUAAGGUGAAAAUUCAGGCCAUGUCAGAAGUACAGAAGGCCGUCGCUGAAGCAGAGCAAAAAGCCUUUGAGGUGAUUGCAACAGAGAGAGCUCGAAUGGAGCAAACCAUAGCAGACGUCAAACGGCAGGCUGCAGAGGAUGCCUUCCUCGUCAUAAAUGAGCAAGAGGAGUCAACGGAGAACUGCUGGAACUGUGGCCGCAAAGCCAGCGAAACGUGCAGUGGCUGCAAUAUUGCACGAUAUUGUGGCUCUUUCUGUCAGCACAAGGACUGGGAGCGGCACCACCGCCUCUGUGGCCAGAACCUGCACGGCCAGAGUCCUCACAGCCAGAGCCGGCCACUGCUUCCUGGAGGGAGGGGCACCUCAGCCAGGUCGGCUGACUGCAGUGUGCCAAGCCCAGCCCUGGACAAGACUUCAGCAACCACCUCACGCUCCUCAACUCCUGCCUCCGUGACAGCCAUCGACACCAGUGGGCUCUGAGCCCCAGACUCCACUUAAUCCUGAUGACCUCUCAGCUAGACAAAACGCUUGUUG